AACGACGACCAAACAAACGUGCGUGCGAGUCCACCGACCCUUUCCUUCCAUCUCUUCCCCGUCUCCCACUUCUCCUCUCAGCGGCACCGCCAAGUCCAGAGGGCGAUCGAUCUGGAAGUUUCCGGAAGCUCCUGGGAGCCUCCACCUAGCUGCCUCCGAUGGGCUCGAGGCCACCCAACGUCUCCUUCAAGCUCGUCCUCCUCGGCGACGGGCGAGUUGGGAAAACAUCUCUUGUGCUGCGGUAUGUGAAUAAUGUCUUCUCAGACAAACAGGAAGCAACAGUUCAAGCCUCUUAUUUGACAAAGCGCCUUGUUGUUGAAGGUGUGCCUAUUACGCUCUCUAUAUGGGACACAGCUGGGCAAGAGAAGUUUCACGCGCUAGGUCCUAUAUACUAUCGUGAUGCAGAUGCUGCUCUAUUAGUUUAUGACAUUACAGAUAGUGAUACUUUUCUCCGUGUCACAAAGUGGGUGAAAGAGCUUAAGCAAAUGGCAAAUAAAGAUAUUGUUAUGGCCAUUGCAGCAAAUAAAAGUGAUUUGGUUAGAUUGAAGAACAUAGACACUCAAGAUGCAGUAAGCUAUGCAGAAAGUAUUGGGGCAAGUCUCUUUGUUACAUCUGCCAAAGCAGGGACUGGAAUCGAUGACGUCUUCAGUGAUAUAUCGAAACGAUUAUUAGAGAAGAGAAAAAACAGCGCUGAUGGCUUGUCACCGCCUCAUCCGAAGAAGGGAAUUUUGAUCAUUGAUGAUGAGCCUGAGAAAGAGCCCCCUCCAAAGUGCUGCUCAUAGUGAUACUUCAAUGCUAAUCUCACGGGUAUAACAUUACGGAAACCUUCAUGUUAUCUGUGAAGGGACAAAAUACUUAAGCUUCGGUGCUGGACUGUUCGAGCUUUUGGGGUGGCACACUUCCUGUUUGGUAGAUAAGGGUAUUCUGGUUGAGCUUUUAGGUCGUGUAAAUACUUGAAUCCACCACUCAUGCGAUCACUGUCAAUGUAACAGUUCAAUCACGAAUAAUAAACUGAGAUGAAGUUCAUAACUCCUGCACACUACAAACAAAUGUUAAUGUUUUCCUGAAGAUGCUCAAGAAAAAUAUUUUUU